GCUACCUGUGUGAAUGAAGCGAUUCGACACUGGAACUUAGCGAGCUCACAUUCUGGGCUUUUAUCGCUGGAGUUUUUACACAGCGGCCCUGGACUUGACGAGGAGAUGGCUGCUGUGGUGACCACGUAGACAUAUUUUGCGUUCCGUGUUUGCUUUUGUAUUUAAUUUUCGUCAUAAGGAGGAAGCACCCAGUGCUGCCGUUAGCCUAUGCUAACUCGCGUUCAGUUUCGCUGUCCUGCGGUUUUCCUGCUCUCGUUUCUGGAGGAAUUAACGCAGACCCUGUCGAGAUAAACCAUGGAGUGUGGACGGAGUUGAAGAGCGCACCAACAUCGGAUAAUUGCGCUACGCAACACUUUUGCCAAAGUCAGAGGUGUCUCACUACUGCUUGUAGCAUGUUAGCGGUUUGGCUAGUGAGUGUCAGGUGAUAUUGAACUCUGAGAGAAAAGAUAUCAUUAUAAUUAAGCCAAGAAACUGAUAAAAUAGAACAACUGUAAUAUUUUCGUCCCUUCUAAUUGGUUUUACGUCUAACAGGUUGAUUCAGGCUAAAAUUUAGUCGUUCAGCUGUCAGCGUUAGCGCUAUUGCUGUUUAAACGCACGGUUUGUUUACAGUUCCAGAAAUAUUCGCAUCCUAGUUACUUUUUCAUUGAAGUGCUAUUGAACCAUUUGCUGGACAUUUAUCCCUCUAACUGUCAUUUUUUUAGACUCUAUAAUGUCAAAGCUGCUUCAGGCAAGCUAACAUACCUAUGCUAACAUUAGCCGAAGUUGUAUGGUUUAAAGCCAAAUCCACUGAGACACUUGUCACCGUUGCUUUAUUUAAACGAUUUACUGCUUGCAGAGGAUGCUUAGAGUUUUUCUUCCUCCAGCUGUAGAGAUCAGCUACUGCCAUACUAGAAAAGUUGAGAGAAUAUUAUGACUUUUUAGGCCUGGAGAUGGCUGAAGGUUAAAAUAAAUCAGCAGUCAGUUAAGAUAUAAAACUCUAAAGGGUGUAAUAUAUACAUAUCUCUCGGUGGGGAACGGGAAAGGUUUACAGAUUUGUUCAGAAAAUCUAGAAAUUUAAUUCUCAGGACUCUGAAGCUGUAUACCAUAUUUACAGUAGUUUCAAAAGCAUAGAAAGCCAAUGAAGACGUUACAACUUACUGCCUGUCUUUUCUCUGCUUUGCCUAUACUAGUAUGAAGAUUGCAGAAGUUUAAUAAUCGUAAACAUAUCCGUUAUCAUCUCUAAAUUAAGUUAAAUAUAUUAUAACCCCCCUAAACAAAACUUGAUUCCUUAUUUGCAUUUUCUAGAAGUCCCAUAUUAGGCUACUUUAAAUCAGACAAGUGUCUCAUGCCUUAGUAACAGGCUGCAGAUAGGUUAAAAUGACCAUAUUCAAAAUAGCCUGUUGAUCUUAAGUAUGUCAUCAGAACAGCUGAUUUAUUUAUGGAAUUGUGUUUGUUUAAAGUGCUGGAAAGUCGUAAAGAAACCAAACCAAGCAGUUUUGAUGAUUCCUCAGGAUGAAUGUUUUCAUGUAGCCCUUGGGUCACAGUUGUGCCAAAAACUCUUGAUUAACUGCACUACAAACAGGGGUCUGCUGGAGGAGCAUGCAAACAAACAGUUGAUACUAAAAGGACACAGGUCUGAAGUUGUUCUGGAACGUCUCGCUUUCUGCUAAUUCUUUCAUUACCGCUCUGAGAAAGUCCAUCCCGAGGUUCCCAAUGGAAGUGCUGCACUAAAAACUUUGUCAAGGGAACUUCAAGAUCUCAUCCAGAAGUGAUAAGAUGGGCUCUCAGGCUCUUCAGAUAUUGCGGCAGGGAGUGUGGGCCUCUCUGACCGGAGGGUGGUACGUGGACCCUCAUCAGAGUACCUUCUCGAACUGCUUUCAUCUCUACCUCUGGAUAUUCCUCUUGGCCUUCCCAUUUCUUCUGUACAUGGCCCUUCCUGCCAGUUUAGUUGUGGCUGGUGUGUACUGUGCUGUGAUAGCGGCCUUCUUUACGGCCAUAAAAGCAGUGAACUUCCGACUACAUGCCAUGUUUGACCUGGGCGAGAUUGUGGAGAAGAGGCAGGCCUCGUUCACCACAGACCCCAAUAGAGUGGAAGAAGGAGAGGAAGGCUCUGGCGCUCACGACGGAAGCCAGCGCAGGGACAGUGGUGUCGGUGUGGAAAUGACGGUGUUCCGAAAGGUGAACUCCACCCCUCCUGUACGCUGCAGUUCCCAGCACUCACUAUUUGGAUUGAACCAGGUGUCGGAAUUUUUACCACAGCUUGAAGACCCUGGAGGCUCAAAGGAUAUUAAAGAGCUCAUGCAGGAGCAGGGCAGUAAUAAUAUGAUUGUGACUUCUGCACAUAGAGACGUCCUCCGACACAACUCUCAGGACAACACUAGUGUGGCACCAACCUGCUUGGCUGGGGAUUACAGAGGGCUUAUUGGUGUGGGUGAUGUAUUGUCAGGAGGGUUUAGUAGCCUGCACCCAACAAAUUGUCCUUCUAUCCCGCCUUCCCCAUCCAGCCAAGAAGAUGGAGAUGAGAAGGACCAGGUGGAUAAUGGGGUUGCGGAGCAGUUAUCUCAGCAGAGCCCCGAUGGGGAUGGUCUAGGAGGCUACUCCCCCCUCGGACCUUCAGCUGAAUCUGAGAGUCUGGGAGAUGCUCCUCUCAGCCCUCUCAUCAAGAGUAGCUUAAGCGAGGAGCUAAGCGAGAACUUGCUGGGCUUGGGCCUUGACCCUGUCACAUUUGCACCUGGUGCUGAGCACCCAGGCAGCCGCACUGGGGUAGCCCUGGCUGCAGGAUCCACUGACAGCUGCUUCAGUGGAGGUGGAGCAGCCACAGACAGAGAGACUCUUAGUACAGUCAGUAGCUAUCGCAGUGAGAAAACAGACUCAACCCAGCUUGAGAGCCCUUCACUAGGUCAGACACACAAACCCAUGUCUAAUGCUCCUUCCGCAGCUUUGCCUCAGGGUAAAGGCUCCUAUCAGCAGCCUGGAGAUGUGCUUCAAGGUGGUAGUGACACGGAUGAUCUUUCAGACAGUGUGCUGCUACGAUCACCCUCCAAAGAGCUCUCCUCUGGGCAGGGCCUGGACAGAACUCUGGUGGAGGGAGAGGACCUUCCCCCUUUGCAUACGGACAUUGCACAGCCCUCUUUGCGGGACUCAUCGCCAUCUAGCAGUGGGCCUUCUGAGACCUGCGAUCUUGAUGGCGGCAUCCCCAUACCCCCUCUUCCUCCUCCACGCCAGGCCAGCUCUGUACCUUCAGGGUUGGCACUGGGCUUGGUUUGCUCAGAGCCCGCUCUGCCUGUCUCUGCCCCGUCCUACCUCCUAGCAGAGCCGCCAUCACUGCAAGCACAGCAGCAGGUAGUGCGACCUAAAGAUCUGAAACUGCUGCGUGCCGUCGGCAGUGUGGGUCACCGACCUGGUCGCAGGAAAGCUCCUCGCAAACGGGGCGCUGCUGGCAGUAGCAGUUUCGACUGUGGCUCCUACCGCCGGCACCACAACCGUGGCCAACACCGAGACUACAUCCCUGUACGCAGUCGGCUGGGUGCCAAAGCCUACAGCGAAAGCUUGUUCGAGGACUCCAGCGAUGAAGACGAUGGCAGCGACAUGAGUGCUGGCUCUAGUCUUGGAUCCCAACGUCGCUUCAGCUCUGACGACGAAGAUGAUGAUGAAGAUGACGAUUCUAGCUCCUCUACCUCUUGUUACUCACCAGAUCUGGCAAAUACUGGCAUCGCUUCCCAACCUAUCCCUCCUCAACUACCCAGCCCUGGAGAGGGGGAGGAGCCUGACACAGUAGGACCCUCCCAUUCUCGUAGUGCUCAGCGCUCAGCCAGCACAGCCAGUGCCAAGACUCAUGCCAGAGUGCUCAGCAUGGAUGGGGCCGGUGGAAGCUCCAACAACACUGGGACCCUUGCGUCUACUAUGCUACCUUUACCCCUUUCUUCCACUCCUGCCCCACGUCCACUCACCAUCUCUAAAUCAGAUCUGGAGGCUCGAACAGUGCACUCAGAGGGCUUCUCCAGGGCACACCAUAGGUUAGAAUCUCUUGGAGGUUCCUGGGCUGGAAACCAGACGGGCUGGAGGGCAGGAGAGCUGCUGGAAGAGGGAGCAGUAGGAGGAGCCCCAGAGGAAGGAAAUAAACGUGACUCUGUGAGCAGUGUAAAAAGGACACAGGCCAUUCGCAGGCGUCACAAUGCUGGUAGUAACCCCACCCCGCCCCCUUCUGCCAUGGGCUCACCACCGAGUCUUCAAGACCUUCAGAGAGUCCGCACUUCCUCUCACUCUCGCACCCGAACGCUCCCCUCUGCUCUGCACUUCGCUGCCUCAUCCUUGCUGCUGCUGCCCCGCAGUGGUGUUCACGAGGCAUCCACCUUCGAUGACACUUCAGAGGGAGCUGUGCACUACUUUUAUGAUGAGAGCGGAGUGAAGAGGUCUUAUACGUUUGGGCCUGCUGGUGGAGGAUAUGAGGACCCAGUCCAGGAGCGAGAGCGACAGUCGCAGUCCUCUAGCUUUACCUCCACUGAUGUCCAGGAGGUGGCACCAGUGCUGUCCAUGCUGCAACCCAGACCAGUGGUCCUCCAGGGCAUGCAGGUCCGCAGGGUGCCUCUUGAUAUGCCAGAGUUUGACCUAGAUCAUGAGUCCCCUCAUGAAUCCCAGGAGAACACACUGAUGAUUGAAGAAAAAGCCAAGCCAAAACAGUAUUACCGUUUUUGGGUACUGCCAGGGAAAUGGUUAAGAGUUCGUUACGACAGGCUUGCUUUGCUAGCCUUACUGGACAGGAACCGACGUGUGGGGGAGAAUGUGUUUGCCGUGGUAUUGGCCAGCUUAGUAGCGUUCCUUGGAUUCCUGUUGCUUCUCCAGGGCUUCUUUAGGGAUAUCUGGGUAUUCCAGUUCUGCCUAGUCAUUGCCAGCUGUCAGUACUCCUUGCUAAAGAGUGUGCAGCCCGAUGCAGCAUCUCCAAUGCAUGGCCACAACUGGAUCAUAGUGUACAGCCGACCAGUGUAUUUCUGUUUGUGUUGUGUGCUCAUCUGGGUAUUUGACCUGGUUGGCCAUUCGGACAGUAUGAGGCCUUUCACCCUCUACGGGGUGACCUUCUUCUCUGCACACUUUCUGCUCUACGCUAGAGACAUGCUCCUAGUGUUCACCCUCUGUUUUCCCAUCAUCUUCCUGUUUGGGCUUCUACCUCAGGUCAACACGUUCCUCAUGUGUUUGUUGGAACAGGUGGACAUGCACAUUUUUGGUGGAACUGCGACCACAAGCCCCCUGUCUUCAAUCUACAGUCUCUUACGCAGUGUAUUGGUGGCAGCUCUGGUUUAUGGAUUUUGCCUUGGUGCCAUUAAUGCUCCAUGGGGAGAGGCACAUGUUCCGGUGCUCUUUUCUGUGUUCUGUGGCCUCCUCCUGGCCCUGUCCUAUCAUCUGAGCAGGCAGAGCAGUGACUCAACCAUCCUCUGGUCUCUGGUCCGCUCUAAAUUCUUCCCGGAGCUGGAGAGCCGUACCCCAGAAGAGCCCCCAUUAGAGAUCAAAGACCCUCUUCCAGAGAAACUGCGCAACUCUGUGAAAGAGACUCUUCACUCAGAUUUGGUCAUGUGCCCUCUUAUGGCCAUUAUCACCUUCGCCAUUAGUGCCAGCACCGUCUUUAUUGCUCUGCAGCCUGCUCUUAGUUUCGUCCUCUACAUCUUGGCUGGGGUUGUGGGUUUCUUUACACACUACCUCCUGCCUCAGCUCCGCAAACAGCUGCCCUGGUUCUGCUUGGCCCAUCCUGUGCUGCGCUCCAGAGAAUACAGCCAGUUUGAGGUCCGAGAUGCUGCUCAGCUCAUGUGGUUUGAGAAGCUGUAUGCUUGGCUGCAGUGUGUGGAGAAAUAUUUCAUCUAUCCGGCUGUAGUGCUCAACUCCCUCACCACUGAAGCUCACACUGUCAGCCAAAACCCUGACAAACCUGGAGCCUAUGGCCGUGCUCUGUUUAUCUCAGUGGCUGGAAUGAAGCUGCUUCGUUCGUCCUUCUGUGUCCCGUCUCAGCAGUAUGUCACUUUGUGCUUCACUGCCCUCUUCUUCCAAUUCGACUACCCACGCUUUUCACAGACCUUCCUCCUCGACUACUACUGCAUGUCCAUCCUCUUCAGCAAGCUGUGGGAUCUGCUGUAUAAGCUGCGUUUUGUGCUGACCUACAUUGCACCUUGGCAGAUCACAUGGGGUUCUGCUUUCCAUGCCUUCGCUCAGCCAUUCGCCGUUCCCCACUCGGCCAUGCUCUUUGUACAGGCUGUGUUUUCUGCUCUCUUUUCCACUCCUCUCAACCCUGUGUUGGGCAGUGCUGUUUUCGUUACUUCAUACACCCGACCUGUGAAGUUCUGGGAACGAGACUACAACACCAAACGGGUGGAUCACUCCAACACACGUCUGGCCACACAGCUGGACCGCAAUCCUGGUGCUGAUGAUAACAACUUGAACUCUAUCUUCUACGAGCAUCUGACGCGCUCUUUGCAGCACUCACUAUGUGGGGACCUUCUGCUGGGCCGCUGGGGAAACUACAGCACAGGAGACUGCUUCAUCCUGGCCUCCGACUACCUCAACGCUCUCGUACACAUCAUUGAGAUCGGCAAUGGUCUUGUCACUUUUCAGCUCAGAGGUUUGGAGUUCAGAGGAACUUAUUGCCAGCAAAGGGAGGUGGAGGCCAUCACUGAAGGGGUGGAGGAAGAUGAAGGCUGUUGCUGCUGUGAGCCAGGUCAUCUCCCUCACAUGCUCUCCUUCAACGCGGCCUUUGGCCAGCGCUGGCUGGCUUGGGAGGUGGCUGCCACCAAAUAUGUGCUUGAAGGCUACAGCAUUAGCGACAACAACGCAGCUUCCAUGCUUCAAGUAUUUGACCUGCGCAAAAUUCUCAUCACAUACUAUGUCAAGAGUAUCAUCUACUAUGUGACCCGCUCGCCCAAACUGGAGGAGUGGUUGGCCAACGACACAGUGCAGGAAGCCUUGCGGCCCUGUCUAAGCCCUUCCUACGUGGAUAGUGACCCCACAUUCAACCUGAACAUAGAUGAAGACUAUGACCACCGUGCUUCUGGCAUCACUCCCUCAUCUUUCUGUCUGGUGUAUCUGGAGUGGAUAAAAUACUGCAACAGUCGCAGACAAACGCCAGUUGAGAGUGAGAAGGAUUCCCCUCUGGUCACACUGUGUUUUGGUUUGUGCAUUUUGGGCCGUCGAGCUCUGGGCACAGCCUCCCACAGUAUGUCAGCCAGCUUGGAGCCUUUUCUCUACGGCCUUCAUGCCCUGUUCAAGGGCGACUUUCGUAUCACCUCUCCUAGAGACGAGUGGGUUUUUGCAGACAUGGAUCUGCUGAACAGGGUGGUGGCUCCAGGUGUACGGAUGUCCCUCAAACUACACCAGGAUCACUUCACCUCUCCUGAUGAGUAUGAGGACCCAGUGGUGCUGUAUGAUGCCAUCACUGCUAAUGAAGAAAAGAUGCUAAUCUCUCAUGAGGGCGACCCUGUGUGGCGCAGUGCUAUCUUGGCCAACAUGCCUUCUCUGCUUGCUCUUCGCCACGUUAUGGAUGACGGAAGCGACGAGUACAAGAUCAUCAUGCUAAACAAACGCUUCCUCAGUUUCAGAGUCAUCAAGGUGAACCGAGAAUGUGUGCGUGGACUGUGGGCCGGACAGCAGCAGGAGCUGGUCUUCCUGCGGAACAGGAACCCUGAACGUGGCAGCAUCCAGAAUGCCAAACAAGCCCUGAGGAACAUGAUUAACUCGUCCUGCGACCAGCCCAUUGGAUACCCUAUUUAUGUCUCCCCACUCACCACCUCCUACGCUGGGGCACAUGUUCAGCUACGUUCUGUCUGGGGAGGCCCCAUCAGCCCUCACAACAUUUACACCUGGUUCAUCAGUAGCUGGGACAGGCUUCAGAAGGGUUGUGGUGCCGGAUGCAACAGUGGGGGAAACAUUGAGGAUUCAGACUGCGGUGGUGGCUCUACCUCCAUCAGUAACAACCCUGCAGCUCAUCCUCCGCAGAACACAGUGUCCAGCAUCCCUCAGCCUCAUCCUACUACUGUACAGCCCUCGAUGGGGACUGACAACCCUGUUGGACCUUCCUGGCCACUGCAUCCCCAGCCCCUCCCACUUGCCCUGCUCAGCCAAUCAGAAGGCAGGAUGGAUGCUGGCCUGGUUAGCUCCUUGCAUCGCACCUCAUCCAUCCAUGGGCUUUUGGGGCAACACCUGUCCAGCUCCCAGCUGUCUUUCAGUAGUUCGGUGGCCCUGCCGCCUGCAGACCGCUUCUGCCCCAGUAGCCUGCAGGACAACCCCAGUCACAGAGCGUCUCAGAGAGGCCUGAGCCUAGGUCAGGGCAGCGGGCUGCCCUAUGAGGCCCUGUACAGCAAAUGGAGUCUGUCAGGAAGGAAAGGAUUCAAUGGACCUGCUGUAAUGGAAGGGGACGGCUCAGCGUCACAGAGCAUACGCACACAGCCUUCGCAGCCUCCCCUCCCUGUUUUGCCCUCUGAUGUCAGCCCAACACUGGAUCCAAUGGGAGCAAUCAUACCCUCUGAGACCACGCCCCUUACAUCAUCAGACCCGCCCAGUGCACGGGAGGAGUCUACAGAACUGCCUUUACUUGAGCACCUCCGCUGAGCCUGCACAGCUGGGAUCAGACUAGCCCGUGGUCAUCCUCACCAUCCAGAGAGGGCAAGCCAGGAGGACUUCAAGCUGACCUUAUCAACCCGUUUUUAAUAACUAAAGCAUCUUCAGUUCUGCUGAAGUUCUUCUGUCCUCCUCAGUUCUAGGAGGUUUCUCGUAAGUAUCCUUAACAAACACAUCACCAGAUACAGAAGCACACUAGAAGAGUGCUGGGUUAAGUAAUGAACUCUGACUGAGCUCUCCUAAGCUUCUUUGGCUACUUUUUUGGCCUCCAGGCCCAAAAGCCAAAAAAAAGUGGCCAGUCAGUGCAAUCUUAAGGGAUUUUGUUCUUUAUAAAGAGGGUCAGGUCAUUAAAUCAAAGCGAAUCAGUGACCUGUACCACCAGCAGUAACAAAAAGGGAACUCUCCUCUCCUCUGUAGCAGCCUUAAACCUACUCAAGCUUUCGUUUUUCCCUCUACGCAUCAGCCGUAUUGUGCUGGAUUUCUCCCUUUGAGGCCCAGAGCUUUCCACCACACAGGCCCCUGUCCUUUCAAGACCAAAGGACUCAAAUUUGAUUCCCCCUCACUGAGCCGUCAUUUCGUAGCUCACACAUUCCAGCAAAGACAUUCGAUCGUGUCGCCCAUCACUCUUAAACAUCAACCACGACCGUUCUUCAGCGAGCUUCAGGGAUAAGACUUAUAUAAUCACACAAAUACUCGCUCACAUGCACACUUCCCUUAGCACGUGGUGCUCCCUACAUAGUUUACAGCCGGCUCAGGUGAGGACAGAGGGGCCUGAGAUUCAGUUGGGACAGAGUUAGACGUCAUCAAACUGGUGGUCUGUCGCUUUCUAUAUUUUCCUUUUAUACAUCCCACAGGAAAUCAGACCUUCUAAAUUCCUAAACUGCUCCCUACCAAUUGGGCUUUGAUGGUGACGUAGUGGGCCGGAGAGCACAUGAGGGCUUCCUGGCCUCCCAUCAGGCUUUUUCCUGCUGCUGCAAGUGCCUGCAGUUUGUCUCCCUCUACUGCAAUACUACUGCUACUGCACCACCCCCUCUACUACUAAUAGAACUAACCAAACUACUGCUUUGACUUCUAAACUCCAGCGUUUUAGUUGGAAGAUCUUGAUGGGGGAAAAAAACAAUAAAGAUGUACCAAUUCUAAAGACAA